AUGGGGGCCGAGGAAGGCGGCUGCUGCAGGUGCUGCUUCAGUUUCAUAUUCACCUCAGGCUUAACUGCACUUUUCCUGUGGCUAAAUCUCAAGACCACAAACCCAACUUGCUCCAUUGAAAACUUUGACGUUUUUACCCUCAACAAAACAGCUAAUACUACCUUCAGGAACAACCACACUAUUCGCUAUGAUCUGAAGCUAAACAACAAGGAGAAUAAAGAUAAGGGUAUUUACUAUGAUACCCUUAAUCUUACUUUUUAUUACAAGCCUAACCUUAGCUUUGUAACACUUGGAAAUGCCACUUUUAACCCUUUUUAUCAGGGGCAUGGGAAGAACACUCACCGUAUUAGUGUCAUUGAUGCUAGAGGGGUAAAAUGGGAAAAUGCUACCGCGACAAUGGCCGAGUUUAGGGUGGAGAUGAACACGUCGGUUCGGUUUAAGAUCAUAUUUUGGAAGACUAAACGGCAUCGUUUGGAUUUGCACGCUGACUUGCUAGUCAAUGAACAAGGGAUUUUGGUUAAGAAGAAGAAGAAGAAAGGGAUUAAGUUCAAAUCGGGGGUUUGGAAUAGUAAGGUGUGCAACUUUUAUUUGUUGGGCAUUUUGGGUAUUUUCACUUAUAUUCUUUUGUGGUAG